CAAAUUAAUGUUCUCUAUCGAACUACGCUAGAAUCAACUCUUCAUAUCAAAAAAUGAAGUUUUUAUUGAAAUUUUAAAAAUAGGGCAAAAAACCCGAAAAAAACUUAAAAUUUUUUUUUAUCAAAAAUCAUAAAUCCGGGAACUGAACGCUUUGUUGAGACGUAUACUUGGAAGUGUCCUCCACAAACUGCUGGAAAAAAACGGGUGGGCCCCCCCCCUUAAUAUACAUGUGAAACAGUCAAUUAAGUUAUCAUAACUUCUCACUCCUGUUAGAUUGUAAUUAUAUACGAUGAUAUUUAUACAUGCUGAUGUAUACGUAUACCCUAUUACUUUUCCUUUGCUAAGCUACUUACAUAAUCAUAGAUCACUAGUUAAUAAAGUAGUGUCAGUUUAUUUAAAGAGGAUAAUAAAAUUCAAUAUGACUCCUCUAGCUACAUACAUACAUACUUCAGUCCAAAGAAGAAACGAAAAGCAUAAGAUGGAGAUAAACAGCUCACACAAAGAGAAAGAUAAUCGAACAGAAGUUCCCUGAAAUUUGUCGGAUGGUUCGAAUAUCAUAUUGUCAGAUUUUUCAACUUGCACACCCACGUCAAUGAGUUUUUCUUCGCCUGGUCGAAUAGUCGCAUGAUUAAUUAAUAAAACUGGAUACUGAAUGUGUUCAGGGUCUUCGAACUAAAGUGAAACUGAUGUUCCUUUAACAAAAACUCUUCGAUCAACACCAUCGAUAUUUAUUUUAUUCUUCUGUAUCCAGUCAUUUCCUGAAAUAGUAUAUUAGUGACCAAAUUUGUUGAGACUUCAGCAGUUACGUAGGACCUAUGUCAACAAUGAGAUCAACUGUAUCGGUUGUGUGGAUCGCAGUGUUUGUAGCUGUCAUGAAUGUGUUCGCACUUUUUUGGAUUUUCCGAUGUCGUAGGUGCUUUAAGACGUUCUGAUGGAUAAUUGUUGUGACGGCGCCGUGUUCACAAUAGCUGUUUGCGGCAUGUUAUUGAUGCGAACUUUGAUAAUAACUGGACACGCUGAUGGCUAUUGUUUUUUCAUUCAGGUGCCCCCGCUACGCGUUUAAAUGGUUUUGUGGAUAACUGUAAGCCUGAUGGAUAGCCCACAUUUAAAACAGCCAUUGUGUUUUUUAUGCAUACAGUUAAUUGUUUGAUGAUUUGAGCGUCCACAGAUUAAGUACCGGUCGUAACAAUACUGUUGCUUGGCUUGAAUCCAUCGCAGAAUGCUCGAGCGUUCGACUUGAUGUUGAAUGCGCUUGUUGAGUUUGAUUAUUCAAAUUAUGUUGUUCAAUGCAGCAGACACACUGACUCCAGCAUAGCUUUUAAAAAUUCCACUAUCGGAGGAAUCUUUAAAAAUAUUGCCACCGGCAGAAACUAAUCAACAACGAUAUUUUUCAUAAGAUAAUAGUUCAAUAGCAACUUCUUUUGUGAUGCCAUCACGCACUAAUCCAUAUAUCCCCCCCUCCCCCCAUAAUAGAAGACCACUGAAAAUUAUAUGACUUGAAAGCGAAAUAGAAGACCAGUGGUCUUCUAUUUCAGAAUUAGUGGUGCACUAGUGCAGAAUUAUUCGGCACUGGUGCGCAUCAGUGCCAGGAAAAUUUUCAAGUUUCACACUGAUGCGCAUCGGUUCGAAACAAAAACUAACAUUUGACACCGGUGCGCACCAGUGCUGCACAAAAGCCGAUAAUUAUUUUCUUUUGUAGGGUAGUAGUUAUAUGAUAAUACAUUAUGAGCAAAAAAAUGUGGUUUAAUCUUUCUAGUUUUUUUUAUAUUUUUUUAUUAUUUAUAUUGAUGAUUAAUCGCUAUGUUUUUGCCAUUAGCAUUAUUAGUCCGUUAAGGCCGUCCUUGCGGUGACAAUGCCAAGAUAUUUUGACAUAGCAAUAGUGAGAGAGAAUUUAAUGAGCGCUAAUUCCACAAAGCUAAUUCACAGUUUAAGUGUCUGGGCGGCGAUUAUAACGCCUCAGCUCUUAAGUUUUUGUUGGACGUACACUUUCAAAUAUAGAUUACAAAUCCGGAAUUUAUUUUGAAAAAAAGUAUGUAUUCAGCGUGAAAGUUAAACUGUAAACCCUUUUUCUAUUCUACUCGUCUCGUCUGUAUUCUGUGACAUUUUUCUUUGUUUUUUUGUUAAGGUUGAUGCCCUAGCUCGUUCACAACACUUGGAUGAAGCACAAUCGAUCAUAGAAAAUUAUGAAAAAACGAAUGAACGUCUUGUUGUUAUGUGGAUGCCAUUACUUAGUGCAUGUCGAACAUAUAAACAAGAUAAAAAAGCAAAAGAAAUCUACGAUAAAAUAAAUGAUAUGAAAAACAUAAGUAAUCGUUAUUUAGCAUCUGUUAAUGUUUUAAUGGGAAACACAUAUGCAUCAGUAGGUAAAUAUUAUAAAGCUGAAUCUGUUCGAUGGAAAAUGGCUCAUGAAAAUAUAAGAAAAAUACCGGGCAUGACAUGGAUAGAAAUCGAUGGUGUUAGUCAUUCGUUUUAUGCACAUGACACAUCUCAUCCAAAAUCAAAUGAAAUCUAUAAUGAAUUAGGUAAAUUACAACAAGAUUUAAUUGAUUAUGGUCACAGAUUUGACUUUAGUUUAAUAUCACGCCGUGUUAAAAUAGAAUAUGGUGAAACACCAUUAUCUGUUAUAAUGGGACAUAGUGAAAAAUUGGCUAUAGCUUAUGGUCUUAUAUCAACUAAAGAAAAUGAACCAUUAUUACUAGCUAAAAAUCUAAGAAUAUGUCCUGAUUGUCAUACAGCAACAAAAUUAAUAUCAAAAAUUCGUCAACGAGAAAUAAAUAUUCGAGAUGCCAACCGAUUCCAUAAAUUUAAAAAUGGGCAAUGUUCAUGUAAUGAUUUUUUCUGA